UUGACCUGAUUAUUAUUCAGUGGCUGUUUAUUAGUAAUCCAAGUAUUGGCUUGUUAUCCACAAAACACAACAAUGUUUUUAAGACUGAUUAUGCGCAGAUCAAACUCAGUCUACGUUCUGCAUCAUUCUUCCCCUCCACAACGAUUUGCCAGCAAUUAUCGUCGACCUGGUACUCCCCUGGAUAAUGAGCCACCAUGGAAAAGAAUCAAUUUUAACUUUGAGAAGGGCAUUCGUGGUGUGAAGAAACACUUUGGUUUACUAAAGAAGGAGGUUGUGGAGCAUUUGACUGGACCUGGUGGGAAAUCUUUGAGACAGGACAUGUUAGAACAAACAAGUCUGGUAUGGGAGUUUAGAAGCUCCCAGGACUUAGAAAAAUGGACUGUGUCUUCGGACAUGGAGAUAGGUGGGAAGAGUAAGGCUUUUCUAAAGCUUGGAAAGAACAACCAGACAGCAUUAUUUUAUGGGACUCUUAAUACAGAAGUACCUCAUGAUGGAGAAACAAGAUACAGUGGAUAUUGUACUAUGAGGUCGAAACCUGUGUUGGGGUCAUUUAAUCGAAAGCUGCAUUAUGACUGGUCUAACUUCAACACUCUGCAUUUGCGAGUGCGUGGUGAUGGACGUCCAUGGAUGGUAAACAUCAUGACAGAAACCUACUUCACUAUGCAAAAAGAUGAUUUGUACAAUUAUUUUUUGUACACACGAGGAGGUCCAUAUUGGCAAGAUGUUAAGAUACAUUUUUCUAAGUUUUUCUUGUCAAGCCGGGGAAGAAUUCAGGAUAACCAGCAUCCAUUAUGGCCAGACAAGAUCACUGCUUUAGGAUUCACACUUGGCGACAAGGCAGAAGGGCCCUUUCAGCUAGAAAUUGAUUUCAUUGGAUUGUGUAAUGACCGUUCACAUACUGAGGAGUUUGCCUAUGAGAAAUACAAGCGCAAUCAGUGAUAAAUUGUUUUGAUAAAUUAUAUUAUUUGUAAGAUUUUGUGCAAUUGUGAGAAUACAUUAAAUAUGGUGAAAAUUA